AUGUCUACAGGGGACGGCCACGUCACCACGACUCCCGGUACCCCCAGCAUGGUACAACAGCCCACUUCCGUGACCGCCGUUAGCGUUAAACUUCCACCGUUUUGGGACCGGAACCCAGCCACCUGGUUUAUUCAGGCCGAGGCCCAAUUUCAUCUGUCCGGCAUCACAGCCCAGACCACGGAAUUCUAUUACGUCAUCGCAGCGCUCUCUCCAUCCGCCGCCGACGAGGUCUAUGAUGUCAUCGCUUCACCACCCGCGGAUUGCCCGUACGACAAGCUGAAGUCCGCACUUCUCAAGCGAACGACCUGCUCCGACCGCGCACGUCUUCAGCAGCUUCUGUCUGCGGAGGAGCUCGGGGACAGACGCCCCACGCAGCUGUUACGGUGCAUGAAGCAAUAG